AAUUUGCAGAGACUACACGAUAAGACAGCUAUGUCGGUGCGUAUGCUAAAGAAACUUCAAGGUGGCGACGACUUGCCCUUACCGCCGGAGGACGACGAAGAAGAAAAUGAACAUCUUUCGGACAAUGACGAAUUGGACAUGGUGCGAGACCGAAAAUCGCACUUGAAUCCAUUUGAUUUGUUAAAUCAACAAAGCCUCUCGGAGAGUGAGUUCAAGGAGGAUGACAAUGAAACGGAGCAUGCCUCAGCAGCAACCAAUCUACCGAAUGCCAGCGCUGCGGCUAAGAAGAAAAAAAAGAAGCGUAAGAAGAAGGUCAAGUCAAGCGGCAAUCAUAUAAGCAGCGAGGAUAACGAGCGGUACUUUGAUAAAGUUGAUCCAUUGCUGGGAAAGGUUUAUGAUGCUGUUCCCAAACAAUCCGAGAAACUGGCAGUGGCUGGUAAUUGUAAUGUUAACAAGAAGUUGCUCAUCGUAGAGCUGAAGCAUCUCAAUCCACAAAACGAAAUGCGGCGUACGUUUGGCAAACGUGUUGUAAAAGUUGAAACCAAGCGUGGUCGUCAGAAGCCUACUCUGAAGUCUACCUACAUGGUUUCAGCCAAGGAGUCGUGGCCACCGUUAACAAAAAACAUAAUAACCAUGAAGUCGCUGCCCAUGCCCGAUACGCCCGACUCCUCCACUAGCCCGAAGAUACAAAUUAACGACGAGAAGGUUCAGUGGUUCACAUUCGAGCAUAGCCAAUAUUACCAGGGAAUUCAGCACAUGUUCCUGUCUGCUUUGGAGCGCACCGACUCCGACUUUUUGAUCAAUCUUAUCAAACGCUGCCCCUAUCACGUCGACUCGCUCAUACAGCUGAGCGAGCUGUGCAAAAUGACAGAGGACUUUGCCUUGGCCUCAGAGCUAAUAGAGCGUGCUCUGCUUCUCCUCGAGUCAUCGCUGCACAUAAACUUUAGUCUAACAUCGGGUAAUUCACGACUGGAUUAUCGUCGGCAGGAGAAUCGAGCUUUCUUCAUUGUGCUUUUUAAACAUGCCCAAUAUAUGGAAGAGCGUGCCUGUUGCCGCACAGCAUUUGAGAUAUCAAAGUUGGUGUUAAGCCUGCAGCCCGAUGUUGAUCCAUUGGCCAUGAUUUUGGUUAUUGAUUAUUAUGCACUGCGCAGCAAGCAAUAUGAUUGGCUAGUCGAUUACUAUGAACAACAGAAUGUGGCCCGUAAUUUGUCACAAUUGCCCAAUAUGGCCUAUUCUUAUGCAUUAGCACUUUUUUUGCUACAUGGCUCCUGUGAGCGCGCCAACCAGUCUUUGCAAUUCGCCCUGCUUAUGUUCCCUGGCGUUUUAAAACCCCUGCUUGACGAAAUGUCCGUGCAGACAGAUAAGCGUGUGCUAUCCUCUUCAUACUUCCAAUCGGAAGUGUCUGGCAGUCAAUCGCCGGCAUUGCAUCAACUGGUCUGUUUGUAUGUCUGUCGAGCAAAAAUCGUUUGGCGUCAAAAUGAUGUACUCCCCUGGCUUGAGUCGAAUGUGAACGUAGCUCUGGAUCGAAUUGAAAGCAAGGAUGCUGUAAUUGCUGAUUACAAAGAGAAGCGCGAUUUGCGUUAUGGAACACCACCAAGGCCUAUUUUACGCCACGUCAUUCUCUCCGACUACAAGGAGAAGGUGCCACUAGCUGUGUUUGUUUCCAAAGAAAAGCAAGCUAUAAUGACAUAUGAUCCGCUGCCUCCCAUGGACACCGUCAACUGCUAUCAGCGAAAGUCGUCGUCCAGCAGCAGUCCCACAGCAAACGCGAGCAAUUCCGUCUCCAUGUUUUUCCAGUCGCUUUUGCCCACGUUCAAUUUAAAUAACAUUGCAGCUCAGCAGGAACAGGUACCAAGAGCCGCUGUUCAGCCGCCUGUGGAAGCUGCUGGAGCUGCAGCGGCAGCGGAACGCGUGGAGCCGCUGGACGCUUUGAGACGUGCCCGUGAACUUAAUGAACAGCUGGACAAUGUUGAGGCUGAAGCUGGAUCGAACGCCUCAUACAAUGAGCUGACACAGUCAUUGAACUCCAUUAUGGACGCUAUGCGCGAUUUCUUGCACAACUUUCGUAUUGCGGAGCAUUUGCGGUCCCCGGAAACAGCUGCUGCCCAGUCAAGUACCAAUGAUGACGAGGAAGAAGGCUCCAGCGAUUAUAUUGACUAAAGGAUGCUUAUAAAUGUCAAUUGCCAUUGUGCAUACAUUUUUUAAAACAUAAUAUGCGAUCGUUAUAAAAGUUAAAAACAAUUUAUACUUAUAGCUUUAUAUGCACUCAACCCGAUUUCUUGAAUGUUUCCAAAACACCAGACACAAAAUCUAUACCCUAGCUAAUUUUUCGAUCCGAAUACGAUACGUGUUUCAGUAAUAAAA